AACACUCUGCCAUUCCACCAUAGCCUGUCACUGACUCCGUGGACUGCGUUCCGACUUCGUCCUUGGUGUGCGACCCUACUAGAGCUCGUUCGCAGGCCUUGUCAUGCUCAGGCAUGGCGUUGUACGCCAUGGCCUUCACCGUUGCGCCAGAAGACCUACGUCGAAAUCAAUAGCACAUCCUGUGCCGAUACACGCCAGAAAUUAUGCAUCAAUUACAGAUGUUGGCGCUUAUCCGAAGCCGGGCGAAAGCAUACAUGGAUUUACGUUGAAACAAAUCAAGCAUGUCCCGGAGUUGCACUUGACGGCUUUGCAGUUGGAGCAUGAGAAGACCGGGGCAGAGUAUUUACACGUCGCUCGCGACGACAAGAACAAUGUAUUCGCGAUCAAUUUCAAGACGAAUCCGACAGAUAGAACGGGGUUGCCACAUAUCCUAGAGCAUGUUACGCUAUGUGGAAGCGAAAAGUACCCAGUUCGGGAUCCUUUCUUCAAGAUGAUGCCCCGGUCGCUUGCCAACUUCAUGAACGCUUUCACCUCUUCCGAUUAUACCUCAUAUCCGUUUGCAACCACAAAUCAGCAGGACUUCCAUAAUCUGGCCUCAGUGUAUCUGGAUGCGACGCUCCAUCCUCUCCUCAAACGUACGGACUUCUUGCAGGAAGGCUGGCGUCUUGGACCAGAAGAUCCCCGACAGGAAGCGACUGAAGAGAAUGUACAAUUCAAGGGCGUUGUUUACAACGAGAUGAAGGGACAGAUGUCGGAUGCCAGCUAUCUUUUCUAUAUCAGAUUCAGAGAGCACCUAUUUCCUUCACUCUUCAACUCGGGCGGUGAUCCUGAAGUCAUGACCGACCUCACGCACGAAAAACUUGUGGAUUUUUCGCGAAAGCACUAUCAUCCAAGCAAUGCAAAGAUAUUCUCAUACGGCAGUUUGAGCCUUGCAGAGCAUCUCCAGCACGUCAACGAGACCAUUUCGAGAUUUGAGCCAGCUUCUUCCGACUCAGAUAUCAAAUUACCUAUCGAUUUGUCCAAUGGACCCCUUUCAUUCGAAGUUUUAGGACCUAUGGAUACAAUGCAACCGCCGGACCGCCAAUAUAAAUCUUCCAUUACAUGGAUGGGGUGUCCCAGCUCGGACAUUGUUGAGACGUUUUGUGUGAGCAUCAUGAUGUCGCUGCUGACGAGUGGCUAUGGGUCUCCACUAUAUCAAGGAUUGAUCGAGUCUGGCUUAGGGACAAACUUCAGUCCGAACUCUGGUUAUGAUAGUUCGACCAGGAUUGGAACAAUCUCGAUUGGUCUUGACGGAAUGAGAAAUGAAGACAUUUCUGGCCUGAAGGAAAUGAUUCAGACUGUUCUUCGUGAUAAAGCCAAAGAGGCCUUCUUACCUCACAAGAUUGAAGGCUAUAUGCAUCAACUGGAACUCAGCCUCAAACACAAGACUGCAAACUUUGGUAUGGGGCUUCUGGAGAAGACCCUAGCUGGAUGGUUCAAUGGAGUAAAUCCCAUGGAUUCCCUGGCUUGGAAUGAGAUCAUCGAUGCGUUCAAGCUCCGCGUGAAAGAUGACAAUUAUCUUGAGGGGCUGGUACAAAAGUACUUCUUGAACGACAGCUGCAUGCAGUUCACGAUGAAACCGUCGGACUCGUAUGGUUCACGUCUGGAAAGUCAGGAAGAGGAACGAAGGAAGGUGAUAUUGGAGAACGUCAAGAAAAGCGCAAGUUCACCUGAAGACGCAAUCUCAAAACUCGGCCAACAAGAGCUUGAGCUGCUUGAAGAACAAGAGUCUUCCCAGUACAAACACCUUGAGACGCUCCCUACUCUGCAUGUCGACGAUAUUGCUCGCGAAAAGGAAAAGAAACCACGAUACUAUGCCAGCAUAGGCAACGUGAACAGCUUGUGGCGCGAAACAUCCACAAACGGUAUCACCUAUUUCCAAGCAAAACAUCUGCUGAGCGAUGUACCCGAAGAACUGAGGCUACUUAUGCCGCUGUUUACAGAGUCGCUUAUGCGCUUAGGAACCAAGACAAAGACCGUUGGAGAUCUCGAGGCUGAGAUCCUACUCAAGACUGGUGGCAUAUCUAUUGCCCCCUUCGUCGCACCCGAGCCGUGGUCCUUGGACAAAUACAAUGAAGGUCUGCUUCUCGAUGGCUAUGCUUUGGACAGGAAUGUUCCGGCAAUGUUUGACCUGAUGCGUACACUACUGCUGGAUAUCGACUUCUCAGAUGCCAAAGCCGCCGCAGCCAUCCAGGAGCUUCUUGAAUCAAAGACCUCUGGCGCUCUAGAUGCGGUUUCUGAAAGUGGGCAUCAUUUUGCCGUAACCAGUGCUUCUGCUGCUCUCACCCGCAGAGGAAGGAUCCAAGAUCAGUUAUCUGGACUCACCCAAAUAGAGAGCACGGCCCGAGCAUUGGAUGCUGCCCGACGUGAUCCCUCAAGUCUACAAGAGGUCAUCAAGAAAUUGCAGCAGAUUCAGUCAAUCGCCAUCAGCAACUCGUCCGCCUUGUCACUACGUGUCGUAUGCGAGCCUGACUCGGUUGCGACCAACCGCAGGUUGAUUGAGGGAUUACUCGGAAAGCUACCUAAAGGGUCUCAAACUAGCGUAGCCUCCUCUUCAGACGCAGUUUCUGGUUCUUCACUCUCAAGACGCACCUUCUUCGAUUUGCCUUUCCAGGUUUCAUACACUGGAACGUGCCUACAGACAGCACCGUACUCUUCACCUGACAAAGCACCACUGACCGUGCUUGGUCAACUUCUUGUCCACAACUUCUUGCAUCCCGAAGUGAGAGAGAAAGGUGGCGCCUACGGUGCGUCAGCAAGUGCCAGUCCUAUCAGCGGGCUGUUCACCAUGUCCUCCUACCGUGAUCCAAAUCCGCGAAACUCCCUGAGUGUCUUCCAGCGGGCUGGCGAAUACGCCCGAGACAAGGACUGGGGCAGCCGAGAAUUGGAAGAGAGUAAGCUGAGUAUCUUCCAAGGCAUCGACGCCCCCCGAAGUGUCAGCGGCGAAGGGAGCAAAGAGUUCAUGUACCACAUCACUGAAGACAUGGAUCAGAAGAUGCGUGAAAGUCUUUUAGACGUCACCAAGCAGGAUGUCCAGAGAGUUGCGCAAAAAUACCUGGUGGAGCUGCCUGCAGACUUGAAGUCUGUAUGCAUUUUGGGUGAGCAAAAGGACUGGAUCGCGCAGGAUCCAGAGCAAUGGCAGACGAGAAGUCUCAAGAUGUCUGUAUGAGAUCAUGCACCAUUCCACCAAGUGAGUAUUGUGAGUGAUGCUGUAAAUUAAUUCCCUCCUCUUCCCAAGAUACCCAAAUAUAUUUAAUCCAAGCUUUUCAUGGGCUCAUGAUCAAUCCCCCAGCGUUAACACCCCUAUACA